AUGCCAGGAUGUUACUUCGUAGAGGUCAUGGACUACAAUUACCUGCUGUUCCUAUACUUCGCUACCAUCGUCACGCCCAGCGUGCUGCUCGCCGCUUUCUACGCACACAUCUAUCGAGUGCUCAGCGAGGUGAUGACAGUUGACGGUUGUCGAGGCCGCAUUCCUGGAGGAGGCACCAUGCUACGAGUGCUUGGAGCUGCGCAGAAGCGAGAAGUCAAAGCUACACAGAAUCUCGCCAUUAUAGUAUUUUUCUUCAUCAUUUGUUGGAUACCUCUCUACACAGUCAAUGCAAUUAAAGCCUUCAUGCCUGAGCUCGACAUUCCCAACCCUCUCACGUACAUCUGCAUCAUCGUCUCCCAUUUAAAUUCUGCCAUCAAUCCCUUUCUGUACGCGUAUCAUCUGAAAGACUUUAGAGCAGCUUUGAAGGGUCUUCUGUGCUCUAUGGGAGGCAGAGGAGUGACCAUACAGGCUGCUUAUAGACCCCCGAUACCAGUUAGAAGACAGGCUUUAGAGAGGUGCAAUGCUCUGAGAGAAAGACCAAAAGUAUACGUGAAUUCUCCUGUGUGGCUUCGGCAGAAGGAAGCUGAAGCGAGUAUAACUGAUGAUACUAGAGCUGUAGUAGUGGCUACUCCGCUAGUUCCAGAUGUAGAACCAUUUAUAAAUAAAGCAGCUGAGGGCUCUAGUGGUUGCCACACGCCAGAGGGUAGGGACAGCGAGGGUGGCCCCUACCUUAUAGAUACUAACGAAGAGAGAUGCCAAAGUCCUUAUAAGAGAGUUGAGGAAUUAAUUCGACGAGUGCGCAGCGCCAGCGCAGACCACAGCUGA